AGGAAAUAAUGUGCGAAAAAAUGACACAACACGAGUUUUUGACUUUGGUUAGACAUUUUCGAGGUGAUCCAGGGAAAGAGAAAAGCCCGCGACGUGAAAUGAUUAGGUCGUUAGUGUUUACGGAGUUGACCCGUGGCCUGUGGGACGACCGCGCCCGGCUGCGGGAGGGGCUCGUGCACGCCGACGAGCUCGGCACCGGGGCGGUGGCGCCGGAGCGCCUGCGACAGCUGCUCCGCGCCCACCGACUCACUAUCAACACCGACCUCAUGGACUGCAUGUUACAAGUAUUGGAAAAGGACGAAAACUGCAACAUUUACUAUGAAGAUUUGUUGAAGUUUUUGGAUUUCCAAACUCGACCAGUGUUCAAUCUGACGGAGGAUGAUUAUCAGAAGGUCGUCAGACACGCGCCACCGCUGAAAGACACUGAGUGCAAAUUGUGGGCCGAAAGCGAAAAUCUCAUCCAGGAAGGCUACGUCAACUGGAAUGCAUUCCUGUGCCAACUCAACUUGGAACAUCUUGUGAAAGAACAAUCUUAGA